AUGGCGACGCUAACCGAGACCCCGCCCGAUAGGUUCCAGAAACAUGUUGCAUUUGACAAUGUUCCAACUGGUGAACCGACAAAGAAUAAUGCCAUUUCGUUCACACUCAAUGUUCGACACAAGGGAUAUCAAGCUAGGCGCAGAUCCCGGUGCUUCAUGGUUGGAGUGGACGAGCAUGCCUACUCUGAUUAUGCCCUACAGUGGCUGCUGGAAGAGCUUGUUGAUGACGGCGACGAAGUUGUAUGCGUGCGCGUAGUUGAGAAGGAAUUGCGUUUCUCGAAUAGGGAAUACCGAGAAGACGCUGAAAAGGUCAUGAGGGGCAUUCUCGACCGUAAUGGCAAUAACAGGGCCAUCAACAUCGUUCUUGAAUACGCCGUUGGCAAAUUACAUACGACCUUCCAGGUUCUGAUCCAGAUGUAUCAGCCUGCAAUGCUUAUUGUGGGAACAAGGGGACGCACACUUGGUGGUCUACAAGGGCUCGUUAACACGCGCAAUUCGUUUUCCAAGUACUGCCUCCAAUACUCGCCCGUACCUGUAGUCGUGGUUCGACCUACAGAAAAGCGCGUUAAGAAGAAAUCUAAGCGGGCCAACGACUCUGCACGACAGACUUACGUGAGCAUGUUGGCUGCGAAUUCUGGAAAGCACGAAGCCGAUAGUGAGGCGAGCAGCACUUAUGAACUUGAGGUUCAAAACUCUCCCGACGAAGAAGCUCAUCAAGUCGCACGGGCCUUGGGGCUGCCUGCAUCGUUCGAUCCCACGAUCAAGCCAUUUAACCACAGUCAAGCGCUCAACGUCAGACCGCAUGGACCUGCUACUGUUAGCGCGUCUAAUGAAGCGCCAGAGGACCGGCGAUUGGUUAAGGAUGAUGCCAGUGCUGCUGGUGAAAGCGACGAUGAAGAUGAUGGCGAAAGCGAUGACGACUCUGGAGAAUUCGAGGUUGUUAGUGGGCAACAAGCUCUGGAUCAGGAGAAACUGAAGCAGCUCCACAAGAUGGAGGUUGGUGAAGCAGCGGCGUUGAAGAUGAAAGUGGACGAAGAUAUAGAUGAGGAAGAUGACACCCCGUCAGCCCAAAAAGGUACAUCAUAGAAGAUGAAGGGCAGAAAGAAUUUAGGGACAGACAGUAAGCAAGGGAAUGGUGGGAAUGAAGUUGUCGAAUACAUCGACGAAGUCUCACACCAGAAAGUCAAGCGAUCAACUACACAGCACCCUCUAGCGAGGAUCUCCAGAAUACCCAUCUUGUGCGAAACUGCCUACUUAACGCCAAACAAAUUCAAAGGUGCAGGAAAGGCCGUGUCUGUUGACUCAAAAAGCAAUGCCAAUGAUAUUACAAGAUCAUCUACAACGCUUGGGGAACCGCUUUUGGGGCCAGAUUCCAACUAGCAAGACGGACAGAGCCAGUUGUCGAGAACAGAUAACGAUGGAAUCGAGCAGAUAGACGGCUGCCAAGACUACCCGAUUAUACCUGCUGACAGUCACCGGUUGCAAGAUAUCGAUUCUCAUGAGCACAAUCCUGAAGCGGGCAGAGAUUCCAUGGAAUUGGAGACGAUGAGCCGCGUGACGAAGGACGACAACGACGUUGAAGAUGAGGCCAGGGAGGAAUCUUUCGCCAGGGUUACGGACACAACGAACGGCUCACGGGAAAACCCACAGAAUCAGCGUCCAAAUCCCGAAUUACCGGCAGAGGACCAAAGAUCCAGCGUCGAUUUGGGGGCGCAAGAUCAACUUGGCCGUGGACCUGGAGAUGGGCGUGGAGGUGGCCGAGAUAAUGGCAACUACGCCAAUGGCAAUGCUGACGGUGGUCUUAAUGGUGGUGAUAACGCUACAAGUCGGCGUGGCGGUAGGCUAAGGGACUUGGUAGGAGGAUUCAUAUACUUGUGGUGCCUUGACUUGCGGCGAGGAACAUUAGAACUAGGAAGAUGAACUUGCUUGUAUUAAAUCAUGAAACGAACCGGGCUGGAAUUCAAGGAUCGGGGCUCUUUAUUUUAUCAGUAACGAUAUACGGU